AUGCUCUACGAACUAAUUGCAAUUGUCCGACCGGGCAGCCUCUCAGAGGUGAAGGAAAUCGCCCAAACCGUCGGCUCUCUCGUCCUCAAGAACGGCGGCGUCGUCCGAGGUCUCGCCAAUUGGGGCGUCUUCUCGCUGCCCAAGCCCAUCUCAGUGCAUCAGAUGAAGCACACCCACGGUCACUACUUCGUCAUGCGAUACGAUGCCGCCUCAAAGGUCCACCAAGAUGUUCGAAACACACUUCGCCUCGAACCUCGUAUGAUUCGUGCCGCCCAUGUCAAGCUCGGAGAUGGAAAGCUCGAGACACUCGCCAGAUUUGGUCCACCCAAGUGGAAGACAACGGGAAGCGAGGCGUAA